CUGGGUGUAGGAUCUAGAUGGCUUUGUAAAAACAAUAAAUUGUGUUGGUUUAAUCAAGAGAAGAAACAGACCAUCUUUCUUCACUUGUUCUCUAAUAUCUUUAACUCUUUAAGCUUAUAUGGCAAAUACUACUAAGCACAAUGAGUUUUCAUCUGAACCGCUUACUCUAUACCUUGAUAACGAAGACGGAGAUGAGUACGAAGAGUUCAUCGGAAGCUUAAUUAAGAAAUUUCCGCUAAGUGAUGUAAAGAGAGAUUUUAAAAGCCUUGAUGACGUGGGCUUUCAUGAAGAGUUUCUUGAUAUAGACUUGAAACCGAAAAUUGAAAAAUGUUUCGAGUCACAGCUCCUUGGAGGUAAGGCCCCUGACACUGACAUGAAGAGAGUUCGGCGAACAUAUAAGAAAGAUGAGUUGACGGAUAAGAAUGGGAAAGCGGAUUGGCUUUUCCAAUUAAGGUUAAAGCAUGACGAUCGCGAUUUGGACAUUUUGAUAAAGAAAAAUAAUCUCUACUUAGUCGGGUACAAGGGUAAAUAUAAGGAAAAAGAUGGAAAGGUGAGUGCUGAAAACUGGAUUGUUCUAGAUGGGAAAAACCAUAAGAAAGUUGCUGCGUCUGUCAGGCUCCUGACACCGGACUCGCUAAAGAAGGUUACACUGGGUACAUCAUACACUAACUUGUUUGGCAAAUAUGAUCCGUCAUUUCAUGAAUCUGCGCGAGAGUCAAACCUUUAUGAGAAUUUGAUACAGAGAUUGGAUAACUUUCAAGGAAUAGCAAAGCGAGAACAAGGGAGAAACAUAAAAUACGCCCAAGAAAAAUUGACGGAAUUAAAAUUGAAUAUAGAAAGGUAUCAUUCAAACCCGGAGGAAAAUGGAGAUUUCAAAAGAGUUAGCACGUUGUUAAAAAUGGUGCCAAACGAAAUUACCCGUGAGCAUGUAGAAACAGAACUUGAGGGUGAUGACAACAAAGCAGCGCGAGAUUUUUUGAAUCAUUUAAAAAAGCCGCAAGCGGAUCAUAUCCUUGCUGAAAAGCUAAUUAAAAAGCUGCAGAAAAUACAUGACAGCCCGAGGAAACCCUUCUCCCAAGAAUCGCUAAUUUUGUGGGGAAAGGUGUUCAAGAAGAAAGUCGCCAUCUUGCGUAGCUUGACUGCUGGAAAAAUGGAUACUGAUGGGGUAAAGGAAACAGAAAACUGGAGAGAGGAACAUGAAGCCCUGUUCAAGCUGAAGAAAAUGCUAAAAAAAAAUUUUGAUAUAGUUGAUGGACCACCAGAAACGAACCCCACCAAUGACGAAACACGGGAAGGUUUUUUUUCAAAAAAAACUAAACUGAAAGAACAAUAUCAUAAAGCGGUGAACGAAGAGAAGCAGGCUAAGUUCUAUAAAGAGCUUAAAGAAAAGUAUAAUGUCUUUAAUUUCAUGAUGCAGAGUGUUAGAGCAGAUGCUGAAAUCAAAGCUGUGAAGGAUCGUUUGGCAGAAGUGAAGUUGAACAGACUAGCCUUCACAGAAGCAGUCGAGUAUCUCACCAAGUCCUCAUUUGGUGAGAACGAGAGAGAAACCGCUAAUCAUAUUAUAAAGUUGGCCAUAAUGAUAUGUGAAGCUGCGAGAUUUCCACAUGUCAAAGAGCAUGUUUCAAACAAUUACCUCGAAACAACCCAUAAGGUCACGUACUGCUUCUUUAUCUGAAAAAUGUAUUACUUCCGUGUAUAAUUGGAGUCAUAGAUCAGCCUUAAUGCAACGUGGGGGGUGGUACGCUGGUGAAACAAGUUUGCUGGGAGAUGAUCCGGAAGUCAUCAAGGGCAUGUAUAUUAGAGAAGUAUCUAUAGAAUAAUUGGAGCAACUAUCAAACAGUAAGUUGUAGUUCUGUAUAGUUGGUUCCGCAGUCUUUUUACACGGUGAUACUCUUUCAUCUCUUGUGUUUAUUUAUUCGUUUCAUCCUCCCUCGUAUUUACCCUCCUACUUGCUAUAUUUGCUGCAGGAGGGGAGAAAGACAUCCAAAAAUUAUUCCUCUCGGUCCUAGUUUGUUAGCGAGGACUCACAAAUUUCUUUCACCUACUACUCGUUAUAAUUUAGUACCGUAUAUUCGGAAGAAUCACCUACUACUCGUUAUAAUUUAGUGUGGAAUAAGAUUUUGUUCUGAAUUGAUUAUAUGUUGGAGAUUGUGAUUGUGCAUGCCUUUGUUCAGGCUUGGAAGUGUUCAUUUUGAUUGUCCAUUCAUGUUUUGUUUGUUAAGAUCAUGCAACAAAUUAUCGUUGUUUGUUUGUUUUCA